AUGUUUUCAUUAAAAGAAAUAUUUUUUCAACCACUUAAAUGUCAACCAAAUAUCAAUACACUACACGUGCAUCGAAAUCCGACAACAGGAUAUAAGCAAAUAUUUCUUAUGGGUCUCGAUGGUCUUGGUGUAGUUGUUGAAUAUGCUCAAGCAACAAAUGAAUUUAAAGCAUAUACAAUAUCCUUACAAGACUCUACAUUUGAUUGUCGAGUAUUGAGCAUGGAAUUAUUACCUAUAUCAAAAUAUAAUACUUCUCCAGCCAUUGUUUAUGGCUAUGCUAAAACAAAUGGUAUUUCGAGCAAUGAUGAUUGUACAAGUUAUUAUUUUGAUCGUGUUCAAAUUCUUGAUAAUAAUACAAAAUCGCCAACUCAAAAUCGUUUAGGAUUUGCUGCAAAAUAUAUGAAAACAAUAAUUACGAAAAAUGUUAUGACUAAUGAAAAUGAAGUUCUUCUUGUAGUGGCUGGAGCUGAUAAAUUAGCAUUUUUUAGUGAAAAAAAUGAACGAACACUGCAAGAUGUAACAAAAAUUAUUGAUCUUUAUCUUCCCGAAUUGAAACAGGCGGCUGGCAAUGUGUGCGCAAUGGAUCUACUGUUAAUAUGUGACCCGAAAACCGAUCAAUUAAAGCAACGAUUAAUUGCUUGUGGUUAUUCAACUGGUUUACUUGACUUGUAUAUAACAGAUGUACAACCAGAUGGAAGUAUAAAAACCACAGAGAAGACACUUGAAUAUGAUAGUUUCAUUAGUACAGUAAAAUUUUUCUAUCAUAAUCAAAAGCCACUUGAAAAUGAAAAGCCUCAUCUAAUUGUUACCAGUGCUCUCGAACCAGCAGUUAUUUAUCGAAAUGUUUCGAUAAAUGGCUUGACUGAUCCAGUCGUACUUCAUGGAACUGAUUCUCAAGAUUGUAUCACAUCGAGUUGUGUAUGUGAUAUUGAUCUUGAUGGAAAAAAUGAAAUUUUAUUGGGUACAUUUGGUAAAACAUGUUUCAUUUGUCGAGUACCGAUUGAAAAUUAUAAGUGCAAUACAUACGAUGGUUUAACAUUUAUUGCUGAAACAUUUCCUGUUUGCCGAGUUUUAUCAUUAGCAGCAUCUGCAUUUGGUAUUUUAGCAUUAGACUUGACAAACGAUGGUCUCGAUGAAAUAAUCAUUGCAACAACAAAGGGUUUACAUAUUUAUCAAUUAGAAUUGAGUGAAGUUGUAAAAUUAAUAGAAAGUCGAUUAGAAAAGAAAAGCAAUGAAGAUGAUAGUUCAUCUACAAGUCACUAA